AUGGUAAAACCUCUGCCGUACUGUUUCCAGCUCGAGGCUACGAGAGGGCCCCAUACAGGCUCGACAUACUGUUACUGCUCUUUAUCUUUUAUAAAGGCUUUUACUGUACAUCGUCUUUCGAUAGGUCGCAAGAAAUGCUGCUGGUUACGUUUGCCCAAGGACUUGGAAGUUUCGAGUAUUCACGCCGAAUUUCAUUUAGUCACGGCCGUAGAGAACGACACGAAACUUGUUUUUUGCGAUGCUAAGAGCACAAAUGGCACUAAAGUCAAUGGAAAAUUACUGAAGGCUCAAGUUAAUUAUCCACUGCGCAACGGAGAUCUUAUUACAAUGGGCAGGACCAGUCUGCGCUUUGUGCACGUUCGACAUGGACAACCGUGCGGGGAGAACAGGAUUGAUAGUGUUGCGAGUGCUAGUAUGAUACCAACUCACAGUGCUUCUUCUUUUUCUCUGUCAUUACUAGAAGCUCAGAUGGUGGUUGAUUUGGAUAAGAAGGAAGGGGAAAAUCGAGCAGCUCUUGCACUACAUAGCUCAACUAGUCGGGCUUUUUCAAGGACGACAGAUUGUGGCGAAUUGAAACCGGUGAAGGACGUGGUGGUGAUUAGCGGAGGCAUAUGCACCAGCACCAAGGAGGAGCAUGACAAUGUCAAGGGAAGGACGACUGAAAUUUUUGGCGAACGACAGGCACAUUUUAACGAGUGCAUUGGUGGUCGUGCUGUGACUACGGCUGCUAACGUUGCUGUUCCUUUGAAGGGACCCGUGAAUUCAAACGAUGUUGGAACUAAGACACGGAAACGGUCAAAUGCUGGAAGUGGAGUUACUAGGGCUACAAAAUUGUGCAAGACAAAGGCAGGUGAUAUUGGUGAUGAUUCCACUGAAGCUGCUCCGAAGGCUAAAAAGCCGAGAAAACGGAGACGAGCCGAUAAUGGCGAGGACUUAAUGCUAGCACUAACAGGCUCGUCAACGAUGGGGAAGGAACAGCAGACAGAUCUGCAGCUUGCAAUGACGAAUAAAAAAAUUGUAGAGCUUGACGAAAAGAUGGCAAAGAUGGCCAAGCAGCGCAUCAAUCUCGUAAAAACGCUGAGCAGGCUAGAGAAGACAAAAGAAAAGCUACAAAAAUCGCAGGUUCUACCACCAGCAAAGGUGCUUCAGUUUUUGGAUCGGGAAACUGCUUUUAGUGUCAUUUUUCCGAGCAAUCGUCAGGCUCAUGUGUUUGAUCAGUGUGUGAAUAAGAAAAAAAUGGAGCGGAGUUCUGCCGUAGCAACUCGAUAUGCGCCAUCAAGGUGGAGUACUUUUGAUCACAGUGUCGAUUAUGGCAAAGAGAAGCAUGCCGAAUUAGCUGCAGUGGCCGCCAUUUCUAUGUGGAAACGCGCUUCGCAGCAGCUUUUCGGUUUGCAGCGCGAUUUGCUACUGUACCGCAACAGCGUUUUGCAGACAUUUGUUGCAGAUGAUGAGGAUGCUGGAAGCAGUGUCAAUAUGGAAAAUGGCUGUAAUCUCGACAACAAAGAUACUGAUGCCAUGAGUAAAUGCGAAGAAGAAUACGACGGAAAUUCUAAGCUUACAUGUGUGCCUUCUGAUAUUGUACUGGAAAGGAUACAAAACUACUUGGAAGUUCCUGAUGUCGUGAAGCGGGUGUUUCCAAAUUGGCAUCGUGAUUUAACAUUUCUUCGUAGUCAAUCUGCAAAGGAGAUAAAGCUGGCCCUUGAGGCUAUGGAGAACGCUCAAGCAGGAGCUAAUGUUUUAAUGGUCACGAAUAAGGAGAUAGACAACAAAGAAGGCUGUCGUGAAGGGACGCGUUCUGACCAUUUUGUAACGAGUUGUUACGCACUUUUAGAUCGAGAAGAAGAGCGGCUUGCCUGCAAUUUUAUGGCGCAAGUGAUGACGCAACUAAUUGCUGAGAAGAGCAAGGACCUAAAUGUUAAAGAAGUCGAGCUUAAACAGGUUACAACGAGUUCAGUUGAUUCAAGGAAGGGGAAUUGUCAAGAACGAGUCCAGCAUUGCAUAGUUGACGUCAGCGAGAGCGAAAUUGAAGAGGAGCCGUACAUUCCGGCCUGUGAGGAGCUGCCAAAGGCUGUCACAGCAUAUUGUUAUGACUAA